UUGCUUAGGAACCGCUGAAUGCAGGUAAUACAUCAGGACAGCUGUAGUAUGCUAGCUUGCAAACAGGCAGCGUAACUAAGCUAGUUACUGCUACUAAUUCAUUUUAACAUUAACGGACCAGCCGUUACAUUUAUGAAGCCCCUUUUCAUAAUCUAUUUUAACGAUUCAAAGCCUCAACCGGAGCAGACACAACGAGUGUAAGCAAACGUUAGUGGAAUAGAAAUGACUGUGGCAUAGUGAGCAAGAUGGUCAGUCUGGCUGAUUGAGGUGUGGAGGGGGACACCACAAACCACGCCAGGGAGCUGACUUACAUAAUUUUCACUGCCCUCAGUAAAUGUCCUCAUCAUCUCCAUGUCUAUCCCUGGAUUGUAGCUACAAAGAUGGUGACACUUCUCACAGAGCAGCUCCGCAAGCAGAGUUUGGAAGAGCCCUAUUAUAAGGGUUUCUCAUUCAAUGUGAAUGUGUCAUUACCUGCAGUGGGCUCCAGUCCCACUGUCUCAUGGGAGGCUUGUAGAUCAACACAAGAGACCAGCUCAGCUACACAGCCAUCAUCCAAAGCCAACCUUCUGCAUGAUUCCUGUGGACUAGACUCUCCACGGCCUCCUUCCCACUUGGAAGAACUUCUCCAGAGACCGGAGGUUUCUUUUACAAAUGAGGCUUUCCAAAGCUCGCCUCCACCCCCACCCCCAAAACGCCACUGCCGAUCCCUCUCUGUUCCAGAGGACCUGUCUCGGUGUCGGUCCACCUGGCAUCCUAGUGCAUCUAGAGUUUGGACUACAGUCAAACGUGGCUGUCAAAGUGGAGGAGCAUCUAGUUCAAGCUCUGGAGCCAGUUCUUUGCCAAUUUGUGUUCCCAGUUCCUCUCUGACCUCUUCCUCCCUCCCCUCAUCUUCUAGCCCUACCUUCUUUAGCUUAGCUCUAUCCUCUGACUCCCCACUACCAUGGAGUUUCUCGUGGGACCCCUGUGACAAAUUGAAAGGAGCCUAUUCUGCCUCUUUUGCUACUCCUUCCUCUGGCUCCUCCUCACCGGCCCCCCUGCUUUCUCACUCAGUGCUGCAGCGCUGCUUCUCCCUCUCCCCUGUCCACAUUCAGGGUGCCUCCAUGGUGCAUCUGCCCCCCCAGACCUCCCCUGCUUCUGCUCUGACAUAUGGCUGUUCUGGCAUGGAACACCCAGCCCUGUCGCCAUCUCCCACUUCAGCCUGCAGCACGCCAUCCUCCUCUCGGCGCAACCUGCACCCAGCACUGCCGCGAUGCCACUCGCAGCCCUGCGACAUGCGCAAACCUCGCCUGAAGAGACGCCAUGAUCCCGAUGUUCAGCCCUGCCCCAGACCAGGCAUCGACUUCAGCAAGAUGACACAGAUUGGUAAUCACGAGAGCCUAAUGUGUGGUAAAGGUGGCUGCAUAGUUCCGGUGUCUUCCCAGGCAGAGCAGCGCUCGGCCUUCUCCCCUGCCGAGUUCCUGGGGCAAGCCAGCAUUGGUACACUAAGUGAAAGUGAAGAAGAAGAGGAGGAGCAAGAAGAUAAAAGAAAAAGGACUACAAUAGAUGAAGGGCAAAAGGUUAUUUUUGAAAGAGACUGCACAGAACUGGACUUGAACCUUAUAGAAGAAAACUGACCACUCCUUGAUGCUUAAAGUGCGAUUCACAACUAUGUUAAGCACACUUUUAGGCUUUGUACGCUCGUCCGGCAGAGUCCUUGGGAACUUGCUGCCCUCCUAAGGCACAUAUCCAGAGUUCAUAAUCAAGAACCAGGCAAAUAGAAAUGAAUAUCAAAUUACAGUUUUAUGAUUGUAACAUUUGUGCUAGUUCACUAUUCAACAUUUAACAAAAAAUGUUACGGCGCCUGCCUACUCAACACUACAUAAGGAAAUGUGCAUGAGCAAAUGAGUUUGUUCUAAUCAACACAGUUUUGGUUAUUUCAUAUUGAUGAGUCUUAAUUUGCGUUAACCCUUGAUAUGCAUCUUGAUAUCCUUUUCAAAUAACAUUGUAUACUGGAGUAAGCAAAAUGCGUUUUAAUGAUUCUUCCUUUCUAAAAGCAACGUGAUUUAAUGUAAUAGAGGUAAGUAUUCCUCAUUGCCCAAUCAGUACUAGUGUUGUCUACUUGUAUUUGGACAUGACCGUAUGUGAAGUGUUAAAGGUGCACACUGGUCAGAAAUAAUUGGGCAGCCUAAGUAACAUAAGAAUACUUUUAAUUCUUUUUAUAUAUGUGCUCAUGUAUGUUUAACUG